AUGGAAAAGCUGCAGGACAUCAUCUACCGGUUUCCAUGUCAGCAAGACCCUCUUUCUGAGCUGAAUAUCAUCUCCACUGUGGAGGAAGGAAGAGCCUUGCACGGCCAGGAGUGGGGUGAAACUAGCGGCAAAACCCAGUCACACCUUUGGGGUCAUGAACGAAUUCAUACUGGAGAGAAGCCUUAUAAAUGUAAUGAAUGUGGCAAAGCCUUUAAGCAGUGUGGUAAGGAUUUUGCCACACAUUCAUACCUUUGUAUUCAUAAAAGAACUCAUAUUAGAGAGAAACCAUUUAGAUGUAAUGUAUGUGAUAAGAAAUUUACGAUACCUUCACAGCUUCGGGAUCAUGAGCGAAUUCAUACUGGAGAGAAGGCUUACAAAUGUAAUGAGUGUCACAAAGCCUUUUCUAGUGGUUCAGAUGUUAUUCAUGAGAGAAUUCAUACUGGAGAGAAGCCUUACAAAUGUAAUGAGUGUGGCAAGGCCUUCAAUCUUACUCAACUUAAGAAAGUUCAUGAUGGAGAGAAACCCUAUAAAUGUAACAUAUAUGCCAAGGCCUUUAGUCAGAAUUCAAGCCUUACGGUUGACCAAAGAAUUCAUACUGGGAAGAAACAGUACAAAUGUCAUGAAUGUGGCAAAGCCUUUAAGCACUACUCAAGCAUCACUCUACCUCAAACUAUUGAAAACACCGACGUAAAUAGGCAAGACGCCAUCCUGUACCACAGGACGGGCCAGAAAUGGACAGGGUUGGAAAUUCCAAACAAAGACACGUCCCGGCCCUGGGGCCCAGAGGUGAUCGGGCCACACUCGGGCAGGUCCUUGAGUCCUGGCCUCGUCCCCAGGAUCCAGCUCACAGCUGUACGGGCUGGCUGA